AUUAGCAACCAUCAUUCAGUACACAGUUACACACUGAUCAGUACAUUUCCGUAGCAAUUGCGGACUAGCAACUCGUAGCCUGCUAGCCACCUCCUUGCAAACAUGGGUGUUGCCAAUGACAACACGGCCAACUGCGCCUCCGGCCAUGGCCACACCGUCUGCGUCACCGGUGCAGGCGGGUUCAUCGCGUCCUGGCUUGUGAAGCUCCUCCUCCAGAAGGGCUACACCGUGCGCGGCACUGUCCGGAAUCCUGAUGAUGACGCGAAGAACGCACACCUAAGAGCGCUGGAUGGAGCGGCGGAGCAGCUGACGCUGGUGCGGGCGGACCUGCUGGACAAAGAGAGCCUCGAUGCCGCAUUCCGAGGCUGCGAGGGCGUCUUCCAUACUGCCUCCCCCGUCACUGACGACCCGGAGCAAAUGAUCGAGCCAGCUGUGAACGGGACGAAGAACGUGAUCAAUGCCGCUGCGGACGUCGGCAGCGUCCGGCGUGUGGUGUUCACCUCAUCGAUCGGUGCUGUGUACAUGGACCCUCGUCGCGGCCCCGAGGAGGUAGACGAGACGUGCUGGAGCGACCUCGAGUACUGCAAAAACACCAAGAAUUGGUACUGCUACUCGAAGACAGUGGCGGAGCAGGCGGCGUGGGAGCUCGCCAAGCAGCGGCGCCUGGACCUCGUCGUGGUGAACCCGUCGCUGGUGCUCGGCCCGCUGCUGCAGCCGGCGGUGAACGCCAGCACGUGGCACAUCCUCAAGUAUCUUGAUGGCUCGGUGCAGACGUACGCGGAUGCCGCGCAGGCGUACGUGCACGUCCGCGACGUCGCCAACGUGCACGCGCGCGUGUACGAGGCGCCUGGCGCACAAGGGCGCUACCUCUGCGCCGGCCGCACGCUGCACCGCGGCGAGGUGUGCCGCAUCCUCGCCAAGCUGUUCCCAGAUUACCCAGUGCCUACCAAGUGCAAGGGUGGGGUGGGCGAGACGGAGAAGGGGUGCCGAUUCAGCAGCCGGCGCUUGACGGAGCUCGGCGAUGGGAUCACGCCGGUGAGCCUGUGCCUGUACGACACGGUCAUCAGCCUCCAGGACAAGGGCUUGCUUCCCCGCCAGGUCGCCGCUUGUAGUCAAUCCUUGUGAUCCCGUGAAAUGACUAUUACUCACUCUAUUCUGAAAUAGUCGAUGUAUUUCCUUUAGAUUCGGUCUUCGAAUUUGAAUUUUAAUUAAAGUUUUCUUACAAACUGCAAAAUCUAUAUAAUAUGAAAUUAUUUUGAAUUAUAAACCUGGUCGUAUAAUUUUUAUACGCUAGAUAUUCUUAUAAUUUGAUUAAAUAUUAGUCAAAGUAGAUAAAGUUUAACUUUUCUAAAAAAAAAUACGUAUACUAUUUCUGAAUGGAGAGAGUAUUUUUUAUUCAGUCGGUGAUUACUGUUAGUAAUAUAUCCAACUAUUAUUGUAGGAUAUAAUUGAUUGUAAUCUCUCUGACACGAUUCAGUUCUAUUUU